GCGCUGCUCCUAGAUAGAAUGUUUCGCCUAAUCCGGGAUGAAACCGACUCUUUGUAGCAUUUCGCAAUCGCCACAAUGCGCAACCAGUCUUCGCUUUCCACAAAAGAUGUUGAUCUGAGCGACUUUCAAAUGAAUGCUUUGUGCAUGAGAUAUGGAACUGCGGCUGCACCAACUCCCAAUAAAGAUGCUCUUAUCACGGCUACGUCAAACAUCGUACGUGAGAAAUUGAACUGUUACGAGCCUAACACAAGGGUAUCCAGAAGAGACGUGGAGCGUGCAAAGAUUGAGGUUCACAAACAGUAUGAUGCCGCACUGAGAGCCAUUCGUGAUCGAAGAGCUGAACUAUUGGUAGCCGAGGCACUGCUCAGCGAAGGAGGCUUUGAAAGAUGAAUUCUCUCGAAUGUGGAUCUUCGCAGCUGCUAUCUCGAUCUUAUUGUUAGUCGUCUACACUAUCGCCUUUAGUUUAGUUUUAUUAUGUAAGUCAUAUAGUGUCUCAGGUGAAGGCUAAGCUUUUAUUUUUGAUUGCUCAAAGUACAUUCCUAUUGUUUUGUCUGGGAUCUUGCAUGAAUAUAUCUCGAAAA